UCCGACCAAAAAAAAGAAUAAAAAAAACUGUGUUGUUCACACUGAUUCUGAUUCCGUUUUCUGCAACGAUUUUGUGUUCUUCCUAGAAAACUCAGACCUUGAAUUGUGGGUGCUUACAAGACUUGUAAUUGUCGUCUUUAGGAAUCUCAAUGAUGGGUUUCUCAGUGGCAGCUUCGUUGGGUACCCAUGUUGUGCUUAGAGACACUCAUCAAACAAAAUUCAAGUGCCAAUUUUUGUGCGGAACAGAACAGAAUAAUAGAAUUGGUUUUGAAUUUUCAAAGCACAAGGGCAUCCAUAGAGCAAUUUUUGUUAGCAAGCAAGAGUUCACUGAGUUGGAUGAGAGGAAGAGCCCUGACGAGGUUAAAGAAGAGAUUAAAAAAUGUUAUGAACUCAUAAACAGAUUAGGGAGAGGAGCUCUGUAUCUGGGUUCUUCAAGGUUGGGACCAAGCCAUGCACAUUACGUGCAAGCACAAGGGCUGGCUAAAGAGAUAGCAAAUCUUUUGGACUGCACUUCUUGGUCAGGGGCUGGACCAGGGCUAAUGGACGCUGUUACUCAAGGUGGCAUGCUAGCAGGAAAACCAGUUGGUGGGUUCAAGAUAGGAAAAGAAGCUGGGGAGUGGACAGCAUCUAAUUUUCAUCCAUACUUACCAUCAGAAAAUUACCUCACGUGCAGAUUUUUCUCUGCACGGAAGCAUGGGCUGGUGGAUGCUGUAGUGAGGAACAAUUCAUUUGAUAAGACUGCUGUUGUUGCCCUUCCUGGUGGGAUUGGUACUCUAGAUGAGAUGUUUGAGAUACUGGCACUGAUUCAGCUGGAACGGAUUGGAUCAGAGCUUCCCGUUCUCUUCCUGUUGAUGAACUAUGAUUCAUUUUAUUCAAAGCUGCUUGACUUUUUAAAUGAUUGUGAGAAUUGGGGAACUGUCUCUAGAGGAGAGGUUGCAUCAUUGUGGAAGAUUUGUAACAGCAACUCAGAAGCUUUGGCUUACCUGGCAGAUUUCUAUGGCAUUUCCUCAAGUGACCGUAAGAAUGUAACUAAAUUGUGUAGCACGCAUGAGUCACCCUCCUCAUAAGAAUUUUUCUUUCCUAUUUUUUCCCCGGAAUAAUUGCCUGCUAUUUCUAAAAGGCAUGAGCUGUAGAAUACUCUCCUGAACCAUUGUACUAUUACCAAGUUUUAUGGUUGACAUUUUUGGCUUGUGUAGUAGCAUGUUCUGACUGCAUAUAAAGUGUAUCUUAGGAUUCAUCUGUAAUCAUAUUCGUGAUUUGGAUAAAGUUGUAAAAGUAAAGGAGUUUUCUCUAAUUGUCA